CAUGCUGUUAGAAGAUGCGACUUGACAUGGUAGUCAGGGCAUAGGGAAGCGGGAGAAACUGGCAAUUGAGGAGCUUUAUAUCUACCGCUCAGGAUCCCCGGUGCCAAAUCGAAUCCUCGCACAGACUGUCGCUUAGCACCUCCGAGCAUUGUUAUGAGCUGGGCUCGGAAAACACUGUCUCCGUCGCUUUGCAGAUUUGUGUCGUCAAAGCUGUCCUAUAGAUCAUCACAUACAAUGUCAAGCUCCACUCCCAUCCUGGACUGCUCGUCCUACUCCUCCAUCAAAGUCCACCCUUCGCCCGUACCGCUGCAUCCUUACCAGAGCCCUUCAUUCGACAUCCCCGCUGAGAUCUCAAGGCACCUAGAAACGGUAUCAUCUCACCUACAUUCCUCUAGGACGGUCGCAUUUCCCACAGAGACCGUGUAUGGACUCGGUGCAUCAUCAUUGGACCCUCGGGCCGUUCGACGAGUCUACGAAAUCAAGAACCGGCCCUCUGAUAACCCAUUGAUCAUUCACGUAUCCUCGUUGGACAUGCUCAAUCAUUUGUUACCACCAGGUUAUGAGAUAUCCAAGCUUUAUCGGGCCCUUAUAGAAGCUUUCUGGCCCGGACCAUUGACCCUUCUGUUUCCCUCUUCUAAUCCACCUCCGCUUCCUGCUCCUCAGACCAAUGCUAUUCGCAUGCCUUCCCAUCCUCUGGCCCAAGCCUUGAUCUAUCACGCCAACCUACCAAUAUCAGCACCUUCUGCUAAUUCAUCCGGUCGACCCAGUCCGACAUGCGCUGGACACGUAUUCAAUGACUUGAAUGGCAGGGAGGGACUGGGAUGUAUCCUUGACGGCGGAGUAUGUGGUGUGGGCGUCGAGUCGACAGUGGUCAAUGGCUUGGGCUGGCGAGAGGACGGCACAGGCUACGUCAAUGUCCUGAGACCUGGUGGUCUGGGUGUGGAGGAAGUCGAGAGGAUCGUGAGGGAAGUGGACGGUGAUGUCGACGGAGAUGACGGUCGGACGCAAAUAUUACUCCAUGGUCGACCUUGGCGUUCGAAGCCGGGUCAAAGCUCCUCUGCAGGCAUGCGCCUUCUGCCCGAUUCUAGUGAUGAUCCACCAUCAACCCCAGGGCUGAAAUAUCGUCACUACUCUCCACGAGUGCCCGUCUUUCUGCUCUUACCUUCGAAUACCUUUGCUCAACCUGAAUCCUUAUCGUCCUCAGCAACCACUCCGCAGGACAUUUUGCGUCAUAUAUCCAGCCGAAUCGGCGCGCAUGAUGGCGCAAGGCUGGGAAUUCUACACUAUGACGACUCGCCCCUCUUUCACGCAUUGAGGUCGGGUUCGCAGGGCAUUGAUUUGAUCUCUCUAUCUCUUGGACCAAAUUCGACAACCGCCGCUCAACGCCUGUUCUCUGGUCUCCUUAAGCUGGAGCGGGGUGGGAAUACCAAGUCAGUGCUUGGAGUGCAGCCGAGUGAUUCUCGAGGGGUAGAUGCAAUUCUCGUAGAGGGAUGCUCAGAUGCUGGACUGGGCUUAGCAGUCAUGGAGCGAGUCGGUAAAGCUGUUGGUGGUGGUGGCGCUGCCACUGACCUGGAUCAGAAGUCUGACGGAGAUAAAGGCCGAUUCUGGGUGGACGUCGGGGAAACUGUAGCAUAAAUCAGCAUCGUAUACCAUAAGAUCAUCUUGCAUAUUCAAUACAGACA